AUGGCUAAAAUUGUUUCUGCGUAUCAGCAUGGCGCUCCCACCAAUUUCACUGAAUUCUUGUCCUUCCUCUUGCGCUUGCUCUUACCCUUUAUCCCCUUCUCUCCACUUCCUUCUUCUCCAACCCCGAACACAAUCUUCGAGCAAUCCCAGAACCCUCAUCAGGUUCAGAGUUUCUUGCUCUAAUCAGACGGUCCAGGUUGACACCCAGCAACCACAGGGAAUCAGAGUGGUAGCUUCUGAGACCACAAAGAAGAAGAGGAAGCCCAGGCCGAGCUUCUCCGAGCAAAUACAAGAGAAAUGGUCACUCAAACUCGGUUCCACGAGAGAGAGAUUUCCAUGGGAGGAACCAGAACAACAAGAAAAGCUAGAGAAGCAGGAAGAAAAGGAAGAGGAGAGCCAGCAAUCUUCUGGGGUUGGUGUAUCUGACUCAGAAGUUGGUGCUAAAGAAUCGGUGAGUGACCCAGUGAGUUUUGUUCUGCCGAACCGGUAUGUUCCGCCUCCUUGGGUUCAUGGAAGCAAUACCAGGAAGCUCCAGAUUGAUUCUGAACCUGAAAUUCCACGGAAGAGUCGUGAGAAAAUUAAAACUUUUGGUGGGUCUGGUGGGCCUUGUGGGAAUGGUAUUGCAAAUGGCGUUGUUGAAAGAUUGGAAAUUCAUGAACAAGAUUGUGAUGGCGAGUUUGAGAGAGAAGGUGAGGUGUUUGAUGAAAUUUCAAGUGGGAUUUCAGAAGACGAGGAGACAAAGAUUUUGAGUGGCGGAAAUGGCGUUUCUUGGAAGGAAAAGCCAUCUGGGAAAGGCGAAAAUUUUGUAAAAAUGGUGGGUUCUGUUGAUGGCAAUAGUGGCUCAAUUGGGUUACCGUGGAAGAGAGGAGAAGGUGAUAUGGGGAGGAGGAGCAGGAGCAAUACGGAGUUGGCGGAGAAAACACUUCCGGAACACGAGCUGCGGAGACUAAGAAAUGUAGCUUUGAGGAUGCUGGAGAGGACAAAGGUUGGAGUUGCUGGUAUCACACAGGCAGUGGUGGAUGCUAUACAUGAGAAGUGGAAGUCUGCUGAAGUGGUGAAGUUGAAAUUUGAAGGGCCUCUUACUGUUGACAUGAAAAGGACCCAUGAGAUUUUAGAGCGUAAAACCGGAGGUUUAGUUAUAUGGAGGUCAGGCAGUUCUGUUGUGUUGUACAGGGGAACAGCCUACAAACUUUCUUGUGUACAAUCAUAUACCAAACAAAACCAGACCAAUAUGAAUAUGUUGGAAGAUUCAAAAGGUGCCAUGAGUGGUGCUACGCCUAAUACCACGAAGGACACAAUUAGAGCUACAGAACCUUUUAUCCCCGAUUCUGCAAUGUAUUUGAAGGAUCUAUCUAAAGAAGAACUGAUGGAAUUUAGUGAUCUCAACCAAUUGUUAGAUGAGUUGGGUCCGCGGUUUACCGAUUGGACAGGUCGUGAGCCAUUGCCUGUUGAUGCAGACUUGCUUCCUGCCGUGGUUCCUGGAUAUAAACCUCCAUUGAGACUUUUUGCUUAUGGGGUAUGCCAUUGUCUAAGAAACUGGGAGAUGACAGCUAUCCGUAGACUUGCCAGAAUGAUGCCUCCUCAUUUUGCUUUAGGAAGGAGCAGAGAACUGCAAGGUCUGGCUAGGGCUAUGGUAAAGCUAUGGGAAAGAAGUGCUAUUGCAAAGAUAGCCAUCAAACGUGGUGUAUUGAAUACACGUAAUGAGAGGAUGGCAGAAGAACUCAAGAAAUUGACAGGGGGCACACUAGUUUCUAGAAACAAGGAAUUUAUUGUCUUUUACAGGGGUAAUGACUACUUGCCUCCAGUUGUUACAGAGGCAUUGAAAGAGAGGCAGAAACAAACAGAUCUCCAACAAGAUGAGGAAGAUCAAGCACGACAAAAGGCCUUGGCCUUAAUCGAAUCAAAGGCUAAAGCUUCUAAAGGCCCAUUGGUUGCUGGAACCCUUGCUGAAACCAUGGCAGCGACAUCUCGCUGGGGAAACCAACCAAGUAGUGAAGAUGUGCAGAAAAUGAUUAGAGAUUCAGCCUUGACUAGACAUGCUUUGUUAGUCAGAUACCUUCAGAACAAACUAGCUCUUGGCAAAGGGAAGCUUAAAAAGGCUGAGAAGGCUUUAGCAAAAGUGCAGGAGUAUCUGGAACCAGCAGAUCUCCCAAGUGAUUUAGAAACCAUAACCGAUCAGGAGAGAUUUUUAUUUCGUAAGAUGGGUUUGAGCAUGAAGCCCUACCUGCUUCUAGGUAGGCGUGGGGUUUAUGAUGGUACGGUAGAAAAUAUGCACUUACACUGGAAGUAUCGGGAGUUGGUAAAGAUAAUUGUGAGAGGAAAAAGUUUUCAACAAGUCAAGCAUGUUGCAAUUUCUUUGGAAGCUGAGAGUGGCGGGGUGCUAGUAUCUUUAGAUAAAACUACCAACGGAUAUGCAAUAAUUGUGUAUCGUGGGAAAAACUACUUACAGCCUCAACCACUAAAACCCAAGAAUCUAUUGACAAGAAGACAGGCAUUGGCUCGGUCAAUAGAACUUCAGAGGCGUGAGGCACUUAAGCAUCAUAUCUCAGACUUACAGGAGAGAAUUGAGUUGGUGAAGUCUGAACUGGAAGAUUUGAGAAAUGGAAAGGAGAUUGAUGACUCAAAAACCUUGUACUCAAGAUUGGAUGAUCCUAAUGUUUCUGAUGCUGACAUGGAAGAGGAUAAAGGGGAAGAGGCAUAUCUUCAGAUAUAUGACAAUGGGAGUCAUGAUAUGGAGCUUGGACCUGUUUAAUCAUCCAUUUUUGCUAAGAAGAUUAAGCAUUGCAGAUGCUUGAAAGAAAUUCAUCAGUUCCAGAGGCCAAGCAUUGUACGAGAUGAUAGCAGAAAAUAUACAUUGCAGAUGCAUGUUUAUGGGGGGUUUGUCUAAAUGGCAUGGCAAUAUGGCAUCAUUUUGUAAAGCCUUCAAUUUCUCUGCUGCUGUAGGGAUAGGAUUUUUCGAUAAUUACAAUGUUAUCAGCAAUUUUUUUUUUCUAAAUAUUUGCAACUGCAAUCAUGUAAAAUCUCUUGCUGUAUAUAAAUUGAUUCAGCAAAGACUUACGUUU